AUGCUGGACGUGGUGAAGAUGAAGGAGGCGUGUCGUAUCUGCGCCCGCGAGCUCUGUGGAAACCAACGCCGCUGGAUUUUCCACCCGGCCGCCAAACUCAACCUGCAGGUGCUGCUGUCGCACGCCGUGGGCCGCGAGCUGAGCCGGGAUGGGCGGGGCGAGUUCGCCUGCUCCAAGUGCGCCUUCAUGCUGGAGCGCAUGUACCGCUUCGACACGGUGGUCGCCCGGGUGGAGGCGCUGUCCCUGGAGCGCCUCCACAAGCUGCUGCUGGAGAAAGGUCGUCUGCGGCACUGCAUCGGAGGCUUGUACCGCAAGAACAACGCAGACGAUGGGGGCGUGGCCCCGGCAGAGCCCGGUGGGGGGGUCGUCGGCACAGAGGCGGGGUCUGAAGACGUCCCUGUGGUGGAUCUGUCAGUCCUCCAGGACGUGAGAUACUUGGACAUGAUUCAGGACGAUCUGACGUUCUCCGUCUAUGAGUCAUGGGCUGAUAAGGCCGACCCCGCCCUGGACCCGCCCCCCCAUGUCCCCCAUGUCCCCCAUGUCCACCACUGCACGGCAGGGGACGUCCUCUCUGGCCAGAAGCCGAGGCGGUGCCGGGGUUGUGCGGCGCUCCGUGUGGCGGACUCGGACUACGAGGCGGUGUGUAAGGUUCCUCGCCGGCUCGGGCGGAGGAGCACAUCCUGCGGGCCGUCCACCCGCUACUCCACCGGCGCCGAAGGAGUGGAGGACCCCAUCAGACCCUCUGAAGAGUCUGCAUCCACGACCCUGGAGUCUCCUUCAGCUGCGUUAGACUCUGAGAAGACCGGGUUGGACCACACCAGUCCCAGUCCAGCGUCCUCUGUGGAGUCUCUGGACACGGCCGUGGACGUGAGCUGCCCUCUUCCAAACCACAAAGGGAGGGAGGACAUGGAGCUGGAGAGAGAUCCAGAGGAGGCUCCGGCCAGGAGGGACGCUCCAUGGGACAGACCCCUGAGUGAGAGCGCCCCCUCUGGGCUGGAGGUGAUGCUGUGCCUCCUGAGGAGCUGGGAGCACCGGCCGGUGACGUCGCAGCCGGGCAGCAAGCUCCCAGUGCUCGUCAAAGCCAAACUGGGAAAGAGUCUCUCGCUGCAUCCGUCCCUCUCGCUGAGGUCGCCCUGCAGGGGGGGGGCUGACAGUGACCUGUACCCUCCCCACCCAAUACCAGAGGUCGUGACCUCGUGUCCGGAGCGGGACCUGCAGGCGGAGCUGGCGGAGAUGGAGGAGCAGUGGUUGGAUGAAUAUGUUCAGUGCAGGCCGUUCCGCUUCCAGCAGCGGCUGAUCGAUGAGCAGCAGGAUCAGCUGAGUCACUACGAGAACCAGGACCAGGACCAGGUCCGCUCGCUGCAGAAGAACCAGGACCAGGUCCGCUCGCUGCAGAAGAACCAGAACCAGGACCAGGUCCGCUUGCUGCAGGACCAGGUCCGAGAGAGCGAGGCCCGGAACCAGAAGCUGCAACUGCAUCUCGGUGAGAUGGAGCUGGAACUGAGGUCGACUCGAGAGGAAGCUCAGCAGCAGGAGAGAAACAUCCAGAACAUCAGAGACAACUUCAGCUCCAAGGAGGCAGAGGCUGCAGACCUGUACCUGGUGAUUGAGGAGCAGAAGAAGAUGCUGUGUUCUCUCACCCGCCUCCAGCAGGUUCGUCCUCUCGCGUCGGGGUUGGACGGUGCUGGAGGUCAGGGGGAGGUUCUGUCCCUGCAGGCCUGUCUCUUCCAGGCUCAGCUGGAGGUCCAGGCCGGCGAGCGAGCGCAGCAGCAGGCGUCCAGAACCCAGGAGGAGCUGAGGACCUCCCUGCAGAGGCUGGAGACCGACCUGCAGGGGGCGCUGCAGCACAGGAGGGACGCUGAGCAGCACAACCAGGAGCUGCACUCGGUUCUGGACAAGGCUCGGUCGGCCCUGCAGGAGAGAGAGGAGCAGCUGAGGGAGGGCGAGCAAGAGAGGGCGAGCGAGAAGGAGGAGAGGGAGAAGACCAUCGCACAGCUGACCACGUCGCUUCAGACCAAAGAUCAGCUGCUGGAGGAAACCUGGGAGCUGCUGGACGAGCGUUCGGACCAGAAGAGAGACGCUCAGCUUCUCACGCUGCGGCAGCGAGUGAGAGAACGAGACCGAGCUCUGGAGCGCGCCGUGGACGAGAAGUUCCUCUGUGUGGAGGAGAAGGAGGAGGAGUCUCGACGCCUUCGCCUGCUGCUCCGAGAGAAGGAGAGAGACCUGGAGAGACAACGCUGCGUCCUGGACAACAACCAGGAGACCAUCACUAGCCUGGAGCUGCUGCUGCGUGGUAAAGCCGUGGCUCUGCGGCAGCUGGUGGACGCCGGGUGGGACGUGCAGCGGCUGCGGCAGCAGAGCGAGGAGACGCAGAGCUGGUCCCUGAGGGAGCGAGACGCCAUCAUCACUCAGCUGCAGGGGGCGCUGCUCGCUCGCACGCAGGAGGCGCAGGAUCUGCGCUGCUCCCUGCUGGCUCAGGUCCGUUCGGCUCCCAGCGACGUUCUGGAGGAGCUGAAACUCCGCCUCCAGCUCAAGGACCGCCUCUUCCAGGAGGUUCUGUCCGAUCGGACCCGUCAGGCCCAGGAGCACCAGGCCCAGGUCCAGGGUCUGCUCACGUCCAUCGGCUCCAGGGACCAGUACAUCCAGGACUCUGCGCUGCAGCUCGGGGACCUGAUGACCGAGCAGACCUCCAGACUCCAGGAGCUGCGCAGACAGCUGAGCUCCGGGUCCGGGUGCAGGUCCGGGUCCGGGUGCAGGUCCGACUCCGGAGCCGACUCGGCCCUGGAGCUGCAGGCGGUGCAGGAGGAGCUGCGCCUGGCGCUCAGGAGGCAGGAGGAGAAGGAGGAGCUGAGGAGGAGUCAGACUGAGAGGCUGGACGCCCUCAGCAGGAGUCUGCUGGUGAAGGAGGAGCUUAUCAGGGACUUCCAGAGGCAGAUGGUGGAGCCUUCCGAUCUCCAGCUGGUGGAGCGCCUGACGCAGGAGGUCCAGGAGCUGAGGGAGAGCCUGGUCCGGCGGGACGGCGGCGUCCCCCCGGGCCGGGAGCGGCAGCCUGAGUUUGGAGAAGCGAGUUCAGACGAUGAAGACGAUGAUGUGACCAGCGAGGAAGCAGAGAGCAUUGAUGAAGAGGAGGCGGACCUGAGCAGCACCAAGGGACGAAGCCCAGUCCAGGACCAGCUGUGUGCAGGUCCGGUGACGGAGGGCCAGGGCCUGGCGGAGGUCAAGCAGCUGGUGGAGCAGAAGCGUGCGGUGGAGCGGGAGCUGACGGAGCUGAAGGCUCAGCUGAGGAGGAGCGGCUUCUCCUCACUCUCACACAUGAGGAAAACUCUGCUCAGCCUCCAGGAUCAGAACCAGGAUCUAAACCAUCGGCUGCAGGAGAACGCUCAAAACCACCACCAGGAGGAGGAGGAGGAAGAGGAGGAGGAGGAGCUGGACGUGACCAUCGGAGAGGAGGAGGAAGAGGAGGAGGAGGAGGAGGAGGAGGAAGAGGAGGAGGAGGAGGGCUCAGAGACGUGGGAAGCCUGGGACAGUGACUUGUCUCUGUCUCACACCGACGUCCACACCCGGGACGAGCCGAGGAUGGGCGGAGCCUCCAGAUCACAGCACCAGCUCAGCUCCGCCUCUCAGUGUGUCCAGGCCGGCGAGCUGCGUCCCAGCAUGCACCUGGGCGGCGCUGCAGCCCCUGAGAGGGCGGAGCUUCUCCGGCAGCAGAGGAGCAAGGAGCUGAGGGAGCGGCUGAUGGUGUCGGAGGCGACGGUGCAGGCCCAGGCCGAGCAGCUCAAAGACUUCAGGGAGCUGCUCACGGAGACGGCGGUGCAGCAGGACAGCAAACAGGUCCAGGUGGACCUGCAGGACCUGGGCUACGAGACGUGCGGCCGCAGCGAGACCGAGGCGGAGCGGGAAGACACCAGCAGCCCAGAGUUCGAUGACCUGGAGAUGUGCACGUCUCUGGACUGUGGCUCCCAGUGGUGGCCCCCCCCCACCACCACCACCACCACCACCACCCCCCCCAGCACCGGGACCCCCGGCUCCGAGGAGGCGUCCUCCCUCCAGCGCCUGGUGGAGGACCUCCGCUCGCAGCUGACCCGCUCGCAGGCCGUGAUCCGCGGACUCCAGCACCGCCUCCGCUCCCUCUCCGUCCCCCCCGACGACCCCCCCGCAACGCCACGCAAGGUCAACUGGUGCUUCCAGGCCUCGGAGGAGGACGAGGGCUGGCAGUCGUCUGACGGGGGGGCGCUGGCCUCCCCCAGGCAGCCCCACCCGGACCAGGGCCUCCAGCAGCUGGAGUCCCGAGUGGACGCUCUGGAGAACCAGCUGAAGACCGGAGGGAAGGCGUCCACCGAGCAGGACGGGAGGUCCGCCACGUGGCCGGGGAAGUUCGACUCUCUGAUCCAGGCUCAGGCCCGAGAGCUGUCUCACCUGCGCCAGCGGCAGCGGGAGGGGCGUGGCCUGUGCAGGAUCCUGACUCAGCACCUGGGCGACACCACCAAGGGCUUCGAGGAGCUGCUGAGGGCCAACGACAUCGACUACUACCAGGGCCAGAGCUUCAGGGAGCAGCUGGCUCAGAGCAGCGCCCUGGCACAAAGAGUCGGAGCCAAGAUCAGCGGACGAGAUCAGCCUGAAGAUCCAGAUGAGAAGACGGAGCUGCUCGCCAUCCGACUCAGUAAGGAGCUGCAGCAGAAAGACAAGAUCAUCGAGUCUCUUCGCUCCAAACUGAACCAGCAUCAUCAUCAUCAUCAUCAUCCUCACUCUCCUCGCUCUGACACGCCCGGCAGCAGCCACGCCCUCUCCGGCGCCUCCGACCAAUCAGAUCGCAUCUCCUACGUGUCCGAUGAGCAUGGCUCCACGACCGAGGACCUGGACCUCUGCUCGGACGUGGACGCCGCCAGUGAGCUGGGUCAGGAGGACACGCCCACCUCCAGCCGAGUCGCCCCAGAUCGCCUCUCUCACAGUAGCACCGUGUCCCGCCCUCCGUCUGUCCCUCCAUCCAUCGCCUCGUCCCACAGAACCCAGUCCUGCCUCAGCUGUCCCAGCAUGCAUUGCCCCAGCUCGCCACACCGAGCUGCGGACAUGCAGAGUCAGACAGCUCCAGCUUCAGUCUUCACCUCCGCCCCACUGUUUCCUCCCCACGUUUCCUCCGCUCCCUUACCUGUUCCUCCUCACGCCUCCACCCUGCGACCACGGGUCCACGGCGGCGCCGGCGGGGGGGGGGGAGCGGGGUUCACGCUGGCUGAGGUGCACCAGGAGCUGCAGAUGUUACAGAGGCAGCUGGGAGCCAAUGAGAGAUUUUCCACUCCUCAGUCCAAACCUCUGCAGGGUUUCCCGUUCGCCCCCCCCCAGCAGUCGGACCCCUCUGGCUUCCUGCCGCUCUCGCUCCACGGCUACCAGCCGUCUCCGUUCAGCAGCAGCCUGGACGCCAGCUUAGCGAUGACAGCCGGGGCCGGUCUGCUGGAGAGCAGUGCAUUGUGGGAUACGACCUACGGCACCCGACCGGCGAGACUCGGAGCCGACCUGUCGUCAGGAUCCUCCGGUUACCAGUCGGGCCCCAGCCACACAGGCACGGAGCUGAUGAAGGAGCACCUGAGAGAAGUGAGGAGUCUGAGGCAGAGACUGGAGGAUUCCAUCCACACCAACGACCGGCUCCGCCAGCAGCUGGAGGGCAGACUGGCCCGGGUCUCCACGGAGACAGGUGGCCCUACCAACAUCUACAUCCAGGGUCUGGACUCGGUCGGUCAGCUCUCCUCUGAGAUCCGACUCCUGAAGGAGGAGAACCUCAGUCUGCAGAACCAGCUGAAGCAGAACACUGCAGAGGCGGAUCAGCUGAGGGAGGCGUCGCUCCUGGACCGGGCCAGACUGAAAGAGGCGGAGCUGGCCGUGGAUAAGUGGGCGGAGCAAAGCAGGAAGCUGCAAGCUGAAGCUGAAGCUCACGACCGAGAAAACACAGAACUGAGAGAAGAGAGAGAGAGAAGACAGGAAACCAUCAACAGGCUCCAGCAGCAGGUGGACGUCCUCCAGCAGCAGCUGAGGGACGGACACAGUCUGAUCCAGACUCUGCAGAGCCAGCUGCAGCUGCGUCGCGGGGGGGGCGGAGUCACCACCAACACACACUCAGGUCAGGUCGGCGACAGCUUGACCUUUGACCCCAGGGAGCUGCACGUUCAGCUGGAGCAGCAGCUGAGUGGACGACCUGGAGCCCGGAGGCUGCUCUUCAGCGACAACGUUCCGUCUCCUCCUGUGAGAGACACUGGACUCGUCGGUCCGUCCUCUCCUCUUCAUGCUGGACAGAAACGUGCAGAGAACACUGGAGAUCAUGCCGCCUCGACCCCGACGUCCCAGCCCCCGGACGGGUCCUUCUCCAGUCGUCAUGGCCGCCACGCCGUGGGCCACAUGGAGGACUUCAUGGCUCUGCAGCAGCAGAUCCUGACCGGCGGCACGCUGCUCCGCGGGAUGGAGGCCGCCCUCCGGUCCCUGCUGGUCCCGGCCCUGCAGGACCUCAGCCCUCGUCAGGCUUCAGACUCGGGUUCGCUGAGGAAGCUGCUGUGGGACUCUAGGACCCUGCGACAGGUCCUGGAGGAGGCCGACGCUCUGCUGCACAUGUUCUGGAGAGCGGCUCUGCCCAACGCCGAGGAAACCAAACAGUCUCUGAAGGACGAGGUGGUUUCUCUCCGUCUGAAGCUCUCGGACCAGGAGCAGGAUCUCAAGGACGCCAUGGAGCGAGUGAGGAGCUCCAACCGAACCAAAGACAACAUGGAGACACUCAUCAUCAGCCAGAUGUCCAGAACACGGGACGUUUUGAGGAAAGCCAAGACGAACCUACAGGAGAACCAGCUCAGGAUUUCCUCUCUUCGCCAAAUUUCUUCCUCCAUUCCUCCUCCUUCCUCCUCUUCCUCCUUUUAUUCCUCCUCCUCCUCCUCUUCCUCACGCCCCUGGCCUGUUAAAGGUGAAAACCCUCAAGGCUUCUGGGAGCUCGCCCUGUCUCCUGGUCGCAGCGUCAUGAUGAAGUCUCAAGCUUCCUCCUCUUCCUCCUCUUCCUCCUCUACGGUCCUGGGACCUGCUCCGUCCCACCAGCGCCCCCUGCAGGCAGCCUUACUGUAGUGCACCAGCCCAGAGUUCCUUCCU